GAAGAAAUCGCUGGCGAAAGAGUUUAUAAAAAUGCUGGUAAGCGGCGCGCGCCGCACCAGUACCUUACGAGACGUUCGUCGGUGUUCAUGUCAGUGGCAAGUGUGGCAAGGUGGCAAGCAGUAAAGUAGUAGCAUUAAAGUAGCAACCGAGAUUAUAAGCGCGUUGUCCAGCGUAACGGCUUUUCGAAACGGGAAGGCAGCGCAGUGACCGAGCGAGCGAGCGAGCGACUGAGCGACCGGACGUGGGGCGAGCGGGGCCAAUCCAAUGCAUUAAAGGAGGAAGCAGUGCAAAAGUGCCACUAAAUAAAUCGCAAUUAACAGUUAAAUGCGUGCGCGAACAAAGCAACGCAAAUGUUUACACAAUCAGCAGGUGCCACCUCCUCCAUUGUUGCCACACUAACGAAUCGCAUUCGGAGGCGAUCCCCAAAUCGGACCCACGCCAGGCCGCCGCACUCGGAAACGAAGCUGCUCACCUGGAUUGCCCUGCUCUAUGCCGCCGCCUCCACCUCCCUCGUCGGCGUGGCAGCGGCACUGGACUGGCAACAGGUUAAGCCAAUGUAUUUAGUGUCCAUGUAUCCGGGGCCGUUCGGCUUGUCGCAGUCAGCCUCCUCCACCUCCUCCUCCAUCUCCUCGUCGAUGGAGCAAGAUGCGGAAAUGAGCGCCAGCAACCUGGCUAGCCGCAUCAAUGGAAGAGGAAAUGGGAACAGCGACGAGGAUGUGGAUGUAAGAGAGCCUUUGGUCCUGAAUCUGGAGACCACACCGCUGCUGGAGAAGAUGCUGCCGGAAGGGGCCAUGGCCAUGGAUCGCAUAUUCGGCGGCAACGUGGGCAAUCCGCACUGUUUCCCCUACCAGGUGGGCAUGCUGCUGCAGCGUCCCAAGGGUCUCUACUGGUGCGGCGGCUCUCUGAUCUCCGAUCAGCAUGUGCUGACAGCGGCGCAUUGUGUGGACAUGGCCAAGCGAGCGCUCGUCUUUCUGGGCGCCAACGAGAUCAAGAACGCCAAGGAGAAGGGCCAGGUGCGGCUGAUGGUGCCCAGCAGUAAUUUUCGCAUAUAUCCCACCUGGAAUCCCAGACGCUUGAAGGAUGACAUAGCCGUGGUCAAACUGCCCCACGCAGUCAGCUUUAAUGAUCGCAUUCAUCCCAUUCAGCUGCCCAAGCGGCACUACGAGUAUCGCAACUUUAAGAACAAGCUGGGCAUCGCCUCUGGCUGGGGACGCUAUGCCACUGGUGUCCAUGCCAUCAGCAAUGUCCUGCGUUAUGUGCAGCUGGAGAUCAUCGAUGGGCGGACGUGCAAGUCAAACUUUCCGCUGUCCUAUCGCGGCACAAAUAUCUGCACCAGUGGCAGAAAUUCACGCUCAACCUGCAACGGAGAUUCCGGCGGUCCACUCGUGCUGCAGCGACGACAGUCCAAGAAGCGAGUGCUGGUGGGCAUCACCUCCUUUGGCAGCAUCUACGGCUGCGAUCGUGGCUAUCCGGCAGCCUUCACCAAGGUGGCCUCGUACCUGGACUGGAUCAGCGACGAGACGGGCGUCAACGCCCAUCAGGACACCACGGAGGCGAUUUUCUUCGAUAAGUAUGUCAGGGACUAUGGCAAGCCACGCCAGAGUCGAAGACUAGAACAGCGGCGGCAGCACGAAGAUCAGCAGGAGGAGGAUGAUCAGCCCGAUGAGCUGGAUGUGCAUCCCAGCUCCGACGAGGACAUGUUCGAUGAUGUCAGCAUGCGCACGCACGCCAAGCGGCAGCGUCCUCAUCAUAGACCCAAAUCCGAAUACGAGUUUUACUUCUUGUAAUCCAAAAUAAACAUUUAAUUUAAGACAA